CUGGAUGGUCGGCUCCAGGUGUCCCACCGCAAGGGCCUUCCGCACGUCAUCUACUGCCGCCUGUGGCGCUGGCCCGACCUGCACAGCCACCAUGAGCUGCGCGCCAUGGAGAUGUGCGAGUACGCCUUCAACAUGAAGAAGGAUGAAGUCUGUGUCAAUCCCUACCAUUACCAAAGAGUGGAGACUCCAGUGUUGCCUCCAGUGUUGGUGCCUCGGCACACAGAGAUCCCAGCUGAGUUUCCUCCCUUGGACGACUACAGCCACUCCAUCCCAGAGAACACUAACUUCCCAGCAGGUAUCGAGCCCCAGAGCAACUACAUUCCAGAGACACCUCCUCCAGGCUAUUUGAGUGAGGAUGGAGAAACUAGUGACCACCAGAUGAACCCCAGCAUGGAUGCAGGUUCUCCAAACUUAUCACCAAACCCUAUGUCUCCAGCACACAAUAAUCUGGACCUGCAGCCUGUCACCUACUGUGAGCCAGCCUUCUGGUGCUCCAUAUCCUACUAUGAGCUCAACCAGAGAGUGGGAGAGACCUUCCAUGCCUCCCAGCCCUCCAUGACCGUGGAUGGCUUCACUGACCCGUCGAACUCCGAGCGCUUCUGCCUGGGUUUGCUGUCCAAUGUCAACAGGAACGCGGCAGUGGAGCUCACCCGGAGACACAUUGGCCGAGGAGUGAGGCUGUACUACAUCGGGGGGGAGGUGUUUGCUGAGUGCCUCAGUGACAGUGCCAUCUUUGUGCAGUCCCCCAACUGCAACCAGCGCUACGGCUGGCACCCGGCCACCGUCUGCAAGAUCCCGCCAGGAUGUAACUUGAAGAUUUUUAACAACCAGGAGUUUGCUGCUCUCCUGGCUCAGUCUGUCAACCAGGGCUUCGAGGCUGUGUACCAGCUGACCAGGAUGUGCACCAUCCGCAUGAGCUUCGUCAAGGGAUGGGGAGCGGAAUACAGGCGGCAGACUGUGACCAGCACUCCCUGCUGGAUCGAGCUGCACCUCAACGGCCCCUUGCAGUGGCUGGACAAGGUCCUCACCCAGAUGGGCUCCCCCAGCAUCCGCUGCUCCAGUGUCUCCUAA